AUGGCAGCAGCAGCAGCAGAAGAAGAGUAUACAGUGCCACUGUUGAAGAAGCAGUACUAUGAGAAUUGUCCAGGUUGCAAGGUUGAUGAACUCAAGGAGUUGAAGAGAGGAUUGCCCAUCCGAGAGUUCCUUUCAAUUUGGACUGUUGUCCUUUGUUCAGGUAAGCUAGGGAUCACGCUGGUGCAAUAUGGAGAGAUCCAAAUAAGGGACUUCAAAAUUGCAGAAAAAGAAGAAGACAUCGGUUACUAUGCUGGCUAUGUUGGAUCCUCAUUUAUGUUUGGUAGAGCUUUGACUUCUUUCUUCUGGGGAAUUGUGGCCGAUCGCUAUGGUAGAAAGCCUGUUAUACUCUUGGGGACUUCAUCAGUUGUUAUUUUCAACACUAUCUUCGGGCUCAGUUUGAACUUUUGGAUGGCUGUUAUCUCAAGAUUCAUGCUCGGCUUUUUGAAUGGUUUACUUGGUCCAAUAAAGGCAUAUGCAAGUGAAAUUUUCAGAAAUGAACAUCAAGCCUUGGGUUUGUCGACGAUUACCACGGCAUGGGGUAUAGGAUUGAUUAUUGGUCCAGCUUUAGGAGGUUUCCUGGCCCAGCCAGCUGAAAAAUAUCCGGCUCUGUUUUCCAAGGAUUCUUUAUUUGGGAGAUUUCCCUACUUCUUGCCUUCCUUGGCUAUAUCACUUCUUGCUGGUGGAGUAACGAUUGCUUCUUGUUGGCUCCCGGAAACAUUGCAUACCCAUAAGGAAAAGAGGGCAGCAUGCGACGACUCUUUCGAUGCUUUGGAGACUGCAUCUGGUGAACAGAAGAAGCAAGCAGCAAGCCUCCUUAGAAAUUGGCCUCUUAUGUCAUCUAUCAUGGUCUACUGCAUCUUCUCACUUCAUGAUAUGGCUUACACAGAGAUAUUUUCAUUAUGGGCAGUGAGCCCCAUAAAGCUUGGCGGACUUGGAUACUCGACAGAGAAUGUUGGCGAAGUUCUGGCAGUCUCAGGUUUUGGACUGCUUGUGUUCCAACUUGCUCUAUAUCCAUAUGCGGAGAGGCUUCUCGGACCUGUAAUGGUGUGCCGUAUUGCUGGGGCAUUAUCCAUUCCGUUGUUGGCAAGUUACCCUUUUCUCUCAAAGUUGUCAGGCUUCAGUCUUAGUGUGCUGUUAAAUUGUGCAUCAGUCUUGAAGAAUCUCCUUUCUGUGUCAAUUGUCACCUGCUUGUUCAUGCUGCAAAACAGUGCAGUGGAGCAGCACCAGAGAGGAGCUGCGAAUGGGAUAGCAAUGACAGCAAUGUCACUGUUUAAAGCAGCUGGUCCAGCUGGUGGGGGUUCUCUGUUUUCUUGGGCUGAAACACGUCAGGAUGCAGCCUUCCUUCCAGGCAACCAAAUGGUGUUUUUCGUGCUGAACGUGGUGGAGGCGAUCGGGGUGUUGUUCACUUUCAAGCCUUUCCUAGCCCUGCCUCGGGGGCGAACAGCAACAGUACAAUGACCCAGAUGCUGCUCUAUACUCUCAAAGACUCCCUAAUAUGAACUACACUAUCCAUACCAUGAAUACAGGCAUUUGCCUAAAUUGCAGCCGUCUGAUCCUAUUCUUCAGAGUUGGACGCAAUGCAAUGCAAUGCCAUUUUUAGCGAAUGCCGAUUCUGGCUGGCUCGUCUUCAUAAGGGCCUACUUCAAAGGAAAACGAAAUCCGAGCCAAGACGUCUUUGCCCAGAAGUCCAUAUCUUGGUUGCAAAUGUAAUGUACAGCAAUCAAAUAAACUCAGCAGAGAGGAAUGACGGGGAAGAACGCGAUCCGACGAGCGAAAACCUGCAAUCCUGCUAAUGAAUU